UUUCUCUCUGUUGGUUUCUUCUCAACUCGGUUAAGCCUAAACCUGCACGGAUAGAGGUCAAACUACGACAGGAGCUUCAAAUUAGAAUCAAAUGAUAACCAUGAAAAAUGGUUACAUGAAGAGGAGGAGAUUGAUUCCAGAAAACCUGCGGAGUCCGGAACGGAGGAGGCUGAAGGCUUCGAGUGUUCAUUCAUGGAGCGCGGUUGUGGUAAGUUGCAUCGUUAGUUACCAGAGCCGUGGAGAUAUGCUCACCUACGCACCUCGAAUCACGCAGUUCACAGACUUUGAGUGACCUGUUGGUUGGGAAAAUGACCCACUACGCGAAUAUAUGAGGAAAGCAUUUAUGAAGGAGUUGGGAGCAACAGCAAAAACAGAUGACAGACCGCACCUCAUGCUGUUUCCACAAAAUUUGGAGAAAAUAUAGCCAGCAUAACGGAUUCAGUUCUUUCUCUCCCUCUUCCUCCUUUUAAUAGUCUCUUGAUCGUCCUCUUGUCCUACAGAUAUUACUGCGCGUUUGAUAUUUCUGUCCAACAGGCUAUUGGAAACGACAUGCACAGACCUCGUACUUUCUUUGAUUCUCUGUUGGAUUGGCCAGGAUCAUGGGUGAAUCAAGACUGCACAUUGCAAUGUACCCCUGGUUGGCAAUGGGCCACCUGACUCCAUUCCUUCACCUCGCCAACAAGCUAGCCAAGAAAGGCCACAAGAUCUCCUUCCUCGUCCCUACCAAGACCCGAGCCAAGUUGGAGCACGUCAAUCUCCAUCCCGACCUCAUCACGUUCGUCCCGAUCACCAUCCCUCACGUGGAGGGACUCCCUCCCGGUGCAGAGACCACCUCUGACGUGGCCUACCCACUCCACCCGCUCAUCAUGACCGCCAUGGACCACACCGAGCCAACGGUUCGCCAAGUUCUUCAGACCCUGACGCCUCACUUUGUCUUCCACGACUUCACCCACUGGCUGCCCGCCAUCACACGUGACCUAGGGAUCAAGUCAGUCCAUUAUUGCAUCAUCAGUCCCGUGACUGUCAGCUACACCCUAUCUCCAGCGAGGCACCUCUCCGCGCAUAAGUUAACCGAGGCCGACUACAUGGUCCCCCCUGCUGGCUUCCCAAAUUCAUCAAUCAAGCUCCACCUCCAUGAGGCGAGAGCCCUGAUUGCAAGAAGAUUCAUGACUUUCGGAGGCAAUGUCAGGUUCUCGGAUCGCAUGUUCUCUGGAUAUAUUGAGUCCGACAUACUGAGCUUUAGAUCAUGCCGAGAAAUUGAGCAGCCCUAUAUUGAGUACCUGAAAGACCAGUUCGGGAAGCCUGUUUUGCUUUCUGGACCAGUCAUACCCGAGCCACCGAGUUCUGCCCUAGAUGAGAAAUGGGUCAAAUGGCUAGGAGAUUUCAAGGCUGGCUCAGUGAUUUACUGUGCAUUCGGAAGCGAAUGCACAAUGCAGAAGGAUCAAUUCCAAGAACUAUUGCUGGGUUUAGAACUUACGGGGUUGCCUUUUCUAGCAGCACUCAAGCCACCUUUCGGAACAUCGUCAAUUGAGGAAGCCUUGCCCGAGAAUUUCGAAGAAAGGGUCCAAGGACGAGGUACAGUCCACGGGGGUUGGGUCCAACAACAGUUGAUACUUCAGCACCCAGCCAUUGGUUGCUUCAUUACGCAUUGCGGAAGCAGCUCGAUCAUCGAAGCACUCAUCAACAAGUGUCAGCUCGUGCUAUUGCCGCAAGUAGGCGACCAGAUAUUCAAUGCGAGGAUGAUGGCCAACAACUUGAAGGUCGGAGUCGAAGUAGAGAAAGGCGAAGAAGAUGGGCACCUGAUGAAGGAAUCUGUGUGUAAGGCUGUGAGGACAGUGAUGGAUGAAGGAGAUGCAUACGGGAGCGAAGUGAGAGAGAACCAUGCCAAGAUGAGAGAAGUUUUACUGGACAAAAAGCUUGAAUCCACUUAUAUAGAUUGUUUUGCUCAAGAGCUCCAAAAUCUGCUCCAUUGA